CCCGCACUGUGUAGACUCGGUCUCAAGCGUCCUGAGCCCAGGCCCGCGCCCCGAACCUCGAGAGAUGAAUAGAAAUAGGAGCGGGAAAGGCGCUUUCCUGCUUCCCAGUCCACCUGACCCCCUGAGGGCAGUGGGAGAGUCAACAGGCGGAGGACUAAAUCAUUAGGACCUCUGGCGCUAGGCUGAAGUCCAUAAGCCUUGGAGAGACCUUCAGCAGUGAUCUCCAAAAUAUAAAAUGACCACCCUGCCCCCACUGCCCGUGAUACGCCCAAAGCUUACAUCUUUAGCCAGAAAGAAGCUGCCAUGUUCCCCCAGCACAAUUCCAAGGUCUCAGUUGAUCAAAGAAAAAGAUGACAUAGAUCAUUAUCUGGAGGUGAAUUUCAAAGGAUUGUCAAAAGAGGAGGUUGCUGCUUACCGGAACUCAUACAAGAAGAACAUUUGUGUGGACAUGCUGCGAGAUGGUUAUCAUAAGUCCUUUACUGAGCUCUUCGCCCUGAUGAAGAAGUGGGAUGCCCUGCAGGAGACCGCGAGAGUUAGGUCCCUUUCCUGGUUGCAGAGACCCCUGGAGGAGCAGCCUGAUAAGCUGGAUCACUUCUACCACUACCUGACGAGGGCUGAGGCAGCUGAAAGGAAAGAAUACUUUGAAGACGUCUAUAAUAACUUGUAUGCACUGGCCUGUUACUUCAAUAAUUCUGAAGACAAAUGGGUAAGGAACCACUUCUAUGAGCGAUGUUUUAAGAUUGCUCAACUGAUCAAAAUUGACGGUGGGAAGAAGGAAGCCGAGGCUCAUGCGCACAUGGGACUUCUCUUCGAGGAAGAGGGUCAGCUUCUGGAAGCUGCUGAGCAUUAUGAAGCAUUCCAUCAAUUGACGGAAGGGCGGAUAUGGAAGGAUGAGACAGGCCGCUUUCUCAGCUUGUUGGCCUGUGAGAGUCUCCUGAGGACUUACAAAUUACUCUCAGACAAAAUGCUGGAAAAUAAAGAAUACAAACAGGCCAUCAGAAUUCUAAUAAAAGCUUCUGAAAUAGCCAAAGAAGGAAGUGACAAGAAGAUGGAAGGAGAAGCUUCCUAUUACUUGGGCUUAGCACACCUAGCUGCUGGAGAGUAUGAAACAGCAUUAACAGUCUUUAACACUUACAGUAAAAUCUCCACAGACCUGGAUGAUGAUCUCAGCCUGGGGAGAGCCUAUGAAGCAAUAGCCAAGGUCCUGCAGAGCCAAGGAGAGAUGACAGAAGCAAUUAAAUACUUGAAAAAAGUUGUGAAAAUUGCAAGAAAAAAUUUUCAAAGCCUAGAUGUUGUGAGAGCAAGUACAAUGCUUGGGGCCAUCUACAAUGAAAAAGGAUACUACAACAAAGCUUCCGAAUACUUUCAGCAAGCUUUUGACACAACAGCAGAGCUAACAAACUUGCGUCAAAUGGAUGAGACGAAAGUUCAUUAUGGAAUAGCAAAAGCUCAUCAGAUUAUGCCGAGAGUUAACAAUUAUAUCGAGUCUGCAGAUCUCACUAGCCUUGACUUCCUGCUGUCCUGGAAGGAAAGUAGAAGCAAAAUUGCAUGUGAACCAACUAUGGGAGGAUCUAGAAGAUCCACAAGGGAAAGUUUAUGUCAAAUCCCAGAGAAUUUGGAAGAAGAACUCAGUGGAUUUCCUGAUAAUCAAAAAACUGAGACUUAAACCAGCUUUGGACUCAGCAAUGAAGCAAGAAGAAAUUUAUCAUGUCACCUUUGUCUUCAUAACUAUAAUAGGAAUAUGUUUCAAAUUAAUACAGAUAGAAUUGUAAUAAAACUAUGACUAUGUUUAGAUUGGA